AUGGUGAUCAAAUAUUUAUUGUUGAUUCUUGUUCAGAGUUUCGUAGCAUUUGCACUUCCGUUUACAUCUAGGAGUGAUCCCAAGGCGGAAUACUUGGUUACGUCUUUACCGGGAUUAUAUCUGAAUAUUCGUACGGAUGAGAGGCCUUUGAUGUUUGCGGGUCAACUUGAAUUGUAUCCCGAGAAUCAAACACAUUACUUUUUCUGGAAGUACCAAGAUACAAAUCAAAUUCCUGAAGCGAAAAAGAGGACUAUAUUCUGGCUUAAUGGGGGACCAGGAUGCUCUUCUAUGGAUGGGGCGUUAAUGGAAGCGGGUCCGUUCAGAAUUAAUAAAGAAGGGGAGGUUAUAUACAAUGAAGGUUCGUGGCACAAAUCUGGAGAUAUGGUUUUUGUCGAUCAGCCUGCUGGAACUGGUUUCAGUUAUUCAGACGAUUACGAUCAUGAUUUGGAUCAGAUAACUGUAGAGUUUGUGAGGUUCAUGGAGAAGUUUUUUGAGUUAUUCCCUGAGGAUGCAUCGAAUGAAAUCUAUUUUGCGGGUGAGAGUUAUGCUGGUCAGUACAUCCCAUAUAUCGCCGAUGGAAUAUUACGUCGUAAUAAGAACUUGCGUGAGGGCGAAAAACCGUUUAACCUUAAAGGGUUGAUGAUUGGAAAUGGAUGGAUUGCGCCAAAUGAACAGAGCUUGUCUUAUUUACCUUACUCGGUUCAAGCUGGCAUUAUCAAAACAAACAAUCCUAGAUGGAGCCUGAUUUUGCGUCAGCAUCAGGAGUGUCAGGAUAUAGUUAGUGAAAAUGAUGGGCCUGACGGCUCAGAUGUGUCACAAGUUGUUUCGAAUACGUGUGAACGAGUGUUAAACCUUAUUUUAGAAGCCACCAGAGACCAGCUGGCCGCAGAUAACGAACAAUGUGUUAAUAUGUAUGAUCAUACCUUGAGAGACUCGUACCCUUCUUGUGGCAUGAACUGGCCUCCGGACUUAGCUAAUGUGACACCAUUUUUACGGGAACAAAGCGUCAUGAACGAUUUGAAUUUGAUUAAUCAUAAAAAGUGGAGCGAAUGUUCAGGAAAGGUAGGUAACAGUUUCAGGGCUAAAAAUUCGAAGCCUGCUAUUCAUUUGUUUCCUUCUAUUUUAGAGGAAAUACCGAUCAUGUUGUUCAACGGGAACAGGGAUAUUAUUUGCAAUUAUAUCGGUAUAGAAGGUUUUAUUAAGAAAUUAACAUGGAAUGGUCAAACUGGAUUUUCUGAAGACCUUGAUACAUUAGACUGGGUUUAUGAUAACAAGACAGCUGGCUAUAUACAAAGUGAAAGAAACCUAACAGUUGUUAAUGUUUUUGAUGCGUCACACAUGGUUCCAUUCGAUAAACCAGAAAUUUCAAGGAGUUUGAUCGAUAUCAUAACUGGUAAUUUCGACGAAAAAGAAGUUGACAAUAAAAGCGAUAUGAAGAAGAAAUCAAUUGUUACAUAUCCAUUGGGCGUUCGAAUGGCCAAACAGAAAGAGGAGUCAGAACUGAAAACAUCUCCGACUUCGGUCACUCAAUCAAAAACAUCAAGUAUUUCUGCUGUAUCUGGAAAAUCUUUGGCCACCAGUACCACUUUAGAUCAAGAACACUCUGCAACGCCAAGUGCUGAGGCAGAGAGAGCUAAGAAUCAACAAACUUCUAACCGUAUCACUCGACUCAUUCAGCUUUUAGUUAUUGUUGUUCUUAUCUGGGGUGUUUAUAUACUUUAUUCGUCUUACAGAUCGCGUCCUUCAUCGAUCAUAAAAACAGGUCCUUCGGGUAAAAAGAAAAAUGUUCAAUGGGCAGACCAAUUAAGACAAUUUGAAGAGGAAGAGAUCGAACAAAAUGAACAAGGAAUUUUGUCUAGGGCUUUGAAUAAAUUGAAGGGUGGUGAUAGCCGUGGUACAUAUGCUCCAACUUCCGGUAAAACCUAUGAAGAUAUUGAGAUGAACGAAGGAAUCACGGAACACACAGACAAUAGAGUUGACGAUUUCAUAAUUGAAAGUGACGAGGAAGACGCACAUGAUGAAAACCAGACCAAUAAGCAGCUGGUUUCGAAAUAG